AUGGAUUGUUCUCAAACUCACGCUCAGAGCAGCAGUGUGUCGUUCCUGAAAGAUGGCGCAGCUCACGCUAAGAGCAGCAGUGUGUCGUUCCUGAAAGAUGGCGCAGCUCACGCUAAGAGCAGCAGUGUGUCGUUCCUGAAAGAUGGCGCUGCUCACGCUAAGAGCAGCAGUGUGUCGUUCCUGAAAGAUGGCGCAGCUCACGCUAAGAGCAGCAGUGUGUCGUUCCUGAAAGAUGGCGCAGCUCACGCUAAGAGCAGCAGUGUGUCGUUCCUGAAAGAUGGCGCAGCUCACGCUAAGAGCAGCAGUGUGUCGUUCCUGAAAGAUGGCGCUGCUCACACUAAGAGCAGCAGUGUGUCGUUCCUGAAAGCCAAUCUGCUUCAGCGCUCAGACCUCCAGUCAGCUCCCUCCCUCUCAGGGAAAAUUCAGGAAACACUGAAAGGAGACAAGGAUGUGGUGGUGCUGGGGGUGUUUGGGGCGGCGUGUGACGGGGCGGCGCUGGAGGCGCUGAGGAAGGAGAAGCUGAGCGCCCUGCUGCCCCCCUCCGUCUACACCAACAUCAGCACCAGCGUCCCCCGCGGCUCCAGCUGCCUCGACAACAUCUGGCUCAGCCGCAGCCUCAAGAAGAUCUACACAGGUCACUGCUGUGUGGUGCGCGAGGGCCUAACCAACCCCUGGAUCCCUGACAACUGGUCGUGGGGGGGCGUGGCCUCUGACCACUGUCCCGUGGUCGCAGAGUUCUUUGUAGACAUCCUCCCCAAGGAGCCCGGUCGCCAUGGCAACGGGAUAGCCAGUGUGGACAGGGGGGACAUGAUGCCCAAACACGAGCGGUGAUGACCUGGACUCAGGGUUGCCAUGACGCCCAAACACGAGCGGUGAUGACCUGGACUCAGGGUUGCCAUGACAGAUCACUUCGACCAAUUGGGGCACUUGGAACCAUUUCACAGUGACUUGUUUUUUAGUUUCGUUUUUUUGCUGCUCGAUCCUCUCUCCUCAUCCCUAACACACACACACACACACACACACACACACACACACACACACACACACACACACACUUCUCCCUGUGGAGUGGUUUCCUUCUAUGGACUGGCUCUGCGGUGGACUAAGACAAAGCAGUUUGAGAUUAAUGUGGAAAAAGCACCAAGAUUGCCUUUUCAGAUUCCUGCUUGGGUGUGCAAUACAGACUGCCAAACGGCUCUGACGAGCGCCAAGAGAUUGUUCCUGCAGAGGGAAAGAGUUCUUCGAGAAGAAGAAGUUUAUUUAAAGAGAAAAUAUAUCAAUUAUGUCAAUGCAUAUAGAAAUUCUAUAUAUCAGAGACACUUUAUGACGCGUGCCAAACUUACUUAAUGAAAAGGAAGGAUUUAUUAAUUGUUUGUUUUGUUUUAAUUAUUUUCUUUCUUUGAACCUUCAGGUCUUAAUGAACUCCUGUAUUGCGAGCUUUGUUGUGUUAAGGAUGCACAAAAUGAUCAGGGCUCCGUGAUGCUUUGAAGGACAAAAGCAAACGGUCGCACAAGGAGCUUUUGAUCAUCACUGAAUAAUAAAUGAGUUUUCAUCAA